UAAGUCCUGAGCGCCUAUGUGGUAUAAUGGGUGGGUUCUCUUUAACUUGGGUCUGUUGAACCGUGCCGUUGCUGCUCUGCCCGAAGCCCCUUUGUCACUGUGUAUGUCUGGAGAGUUUAGUUUCGCUUAGCAACCGGACCAACCGCAUUUCACGUAAGUGCACAGAGGGGAGUGGAGAGAGCAAGGAGAGAUACGGAGGAUUCUGCAUAUCCCUCGCCUAUAAUACUGGGAGUGAGUGUGGUUUACCUCUUUGCCACGCAAAUGAGUGCUGCUGCUGCGAUAGCUCCUCUAAGCAACGCUGGGAUGUUUAUCGUUUUUAAUUGCAUGGAUUUUUAGACAGUUAAUGACGCUACUGGUUUUUUUAGGUUCUAAAGCCAUGGUAGCAAGUUUUUGGGUGUCGUUUUGUGUGGAAGCGCUUGGUUUUGCGGCUCAGGUUGAAAAUGCAUGUCUGGAUGUAGCUGAUUGGAGUAACAGUUGGUGAUCAGAGAGUGGGGGAGGAGGAGAGACACUGAAAGUGGAUUUUCCGUGUGUCUCUCCAGCGGCCAUGUUAACCAAGAAACCCUGCGCUGCCGUCUACCCGACUGUCGCCGCAGGCAAAGGGGGUGAGGGCGAUUGCCAGUUGCAGUCGGCCGGGACCAGUGCAGGGGGUCUACUGACUGGACCAGGGACCGACCCGCAGUUGUCCGUCGCGUUGCCGCCUCUCCGGAACACCUGCACGCUCUCGGUCGGAGGCAAUAAACACACAAUGAACGACCACCUGCACAUCGGUACCCACCAGCAGAUCCACGUCCAGCAACUUUUUGAGGAAAACAGCAACAAGCGGACGGUUUUAACAGCCCAGCCCAACGGCCUCACUCCGGUGGGCAAAACCGGCUUGCCAUCAGUGCAGGACAGGCAGCUGGACAGUGCCCACCGCCGCCAGGGCAGCUCCAGCUCCCUCAAGUCCUCCGACGGGACAGGGAGGACGAAAGCCUCGCCCAUGGCACCUGAACAGGCCAUGAAGCAAUACAUGCCCAAGCUGACGGUGUUCGAGCACCAUGAGAUCUUCAACUACCCCGAGAUCUACUUUUUGGGUCCAAACGCCAAGAAGAGGCUGGGCGUGAUCGGGGGCUCCAACAAUGGCGGCUACGACGACGACCAGGGCUCCUAUAUCCACGUGCCCCACGACCACCUCGCGUACCGCUAUGAGGUGCUCAAGAUUAUUGGCAAGGGCAGCUUUGGCCAGGUGGUGAAGGCCUACGACCACAAGGCGCACCAGCACGUGGCCCUCAAGAUGGUGCGCAACGAGAAGCGCUUCCACAGACAGGCGGCGGAGGAGAUCCGCAUCCUGGAGCACCUGCGCAAGCAGGACAAGGACGGAUCCAUGAACGUCAUCCACAUGCUGGAGCACUUCACAUUCCGCAGCCACAUCUGCAUGACCUUCGAGCUGCUGAGCAUGAACCUGUAUGAGCUCAUCAAGAAGAACAAGUUCCAGGGCUUCAGCCUGCCGCUGGUGCGCAAAUUCGCCCACUCUAUCCUGCAGUGCCUGGACGCCCUGCACAAAAACAAAAUCAUCCACUGUGACUUGAAACCCGAGAACAUCCUGCUGAAACAGCAGGGCAGGAGCGGGAUCAAGGUGAUCGACUUCGGCUCCAGCUGCUACGAGCACCAGCGGGUCUACACCUACAUACAGUCUCGCUUUUACCGGGCGCCGGAAGUGAUCCUCGGCUCCAGGUACGGCAUGCCCAUCGACAUGUGGAGCCUGGGCUGUAUACUGGCAGAGCUGCUGACGGGUUACCCUCUCUUACCGGGAGAAGAUGAAGGGGACCAACUGGCAUGCAUGAUAGAACUGCUCGGUAUGCCAACACAGAAGCUUCUAGAUUCAUCCAAAAGAGCCAAAAAUUUUGUCAGCUCCAAGGGUUACCCCCGGUACUGCACUGUCACGAGCUUGCCGGAUGGCUCCACGGUUCUGAACGGUGGGCGCUCGCGCAGGGGGAAACUCAGGGGCCCGCCAGGGAGCAAGGAGUGUGUGACGGCUCUGAAGGGCUGCGACGACCCCCUGUUCCUGGACUUUCUGAAACAGUGUUUGGAAUGGGAUCCCUCUCUCCGCAUGACACCCAGCCAGGCCUUAAGACACCCUUGGCUGAGGAGACGCUUGCCAAAACCCCCGACCGGGGAGAAGAGCGCCACCAAGCGGAUCACGGAGAGCACUGGUGCUAUUACAUCCAUUUCCAAAUUACCUCCAACUUCAGGAUCCGCCUCCUCUAAGUUAAGGACUAAUUUGGCACAAAUCACCGAUGCCAAUGGGAAUAUCCAACAGAGGACAGUGUUGCCAAAGUUAGUCAGCUGAGAUGGAGUCCGAUCCGUCACAACGGGAAUCUAAUUAUUAUUAUUCUUUUUACCUUCUUUUUAUUAUAUAUAUAUAUAUAUAUAUAUAUAUAAAAAAAUAAUAACCACAAUGCUGAGCCUUAUUCAAGUGCAGGAUUGAAAAGUUUUGGGUUUGGAUAUUUGUUUGCUUAAUCACUACAUGACUUUUUUAUUUUUUUUUAUUUUUUACAUUUAAAAAAAAUAUUUAUUGUAGAAGGGGAAAAAAAUGACUGAGGAGAAUGCUCUAGGUUUUCUUUGUCUCAAAACUGAGUGCACUGUUGCAGGGUGUCAGCAUCCCACACAGUCCUGCCUAAUACUCUAUCAAGCCCAUGUUUAGCUUUGGUAUCUUCUGUAACGUUUUAGUGUUGUACAGGCCGCCAUGGAGCUGUUCUACAAAAAUCUAGUGUUUUAAGUGAAAGAAGCCCGUGUUCCACCCCAGCUCAGGUCUACAGCUAGUUCCAAUCAGGGUUAAACACAGGGAUCAGCCGUGUCGUGUCCUCAGUGGCUUUUUAUAGUCGAGACUCACAGUACAUGAGACAACUGGCAGAAAUAGAAACCAAGAUCAAGGGGAUUCAAAACAGAUAUACAGUGAAAGUGGGAAAAGGGAAGGCGAAAAGAUUCAAGGAUGCUGAAAUGGAUGCUUAAUAAGAGAGAGAGAGAGAAAUAAAUGCAAAAAGUAUUUUUAAAAUAAAGUAUGUUUACAUGACAUAUUUUUUAUGUGCCUCCAAUGCUCUAAACAUUCCUGUUAAACAUAUAGAAGAAAGAAAGGGAGAGAGGAAACAGACAGCGAAUGAAAACGAGCGAGUCACAGAUCUAGUUGUAUCUGUAUCUGAAUGCCCCGUUGUGUUAAUUGGUACAGGUGCAGUAUGGAAUUGUGUUAGUUGGCACAGUGACUCGCUAGCUGACUGUCUUUUGGAACAGGUAAAAGAACAGAGCUAACCCACUUUCCCCAGAGCGGCAUUUUGUAUAAAUGUAAACCCUUUGGUGCUUUACCUUUUUUUGUAAGGUAUUUUUAAAUUUCAUUUUUUAAAACCAUAACUUGAAGUGCAGGGUACACACAACAAGAGUAAACAGGAACAUUGAGAUUGGCUUGGCUUGGCUGCUGUGCUUGAAUCACUAUAGCAAUAGCUGGAAACUGUCCAACACACACUGGAGAUCCACUGCAAGUCAGGAGCUAGUGGCUGGUUAAAGAGUUAGGGCGCUGGCAUGUUGAAGUAGGAAUUUGAAUGUUUUGUUUCGAGAGGAUUUCUAGAGGGCCUCACAAAUAUAUUGUAUUCAACUGUAUGGAAUACUUUUGAAUGUUGUGAUUAAAUAACCGAGUGUGCCGGGUCAGAGAGGAUCAGUUAAGGAGAAAAAGCUAUAGAGUGUAGCAUUGUGAAAUAUCGUCACAAGUAGAUUGUAGCAUUUUUAAAAGAGCAAUAUGCAGAAGGUACCUCAGCGGGCUUGUAAAUAUUGGGCUGGAGAGCUGAAAUAAUUUAUAGCAUUAAAUAUCUCGUGAGGCCACAACUUGUUACUUUAGUUUAGAGAAACUGACACCCUUUUAUAGCCUCAAAAAAGGGGUUCAACCCCAGGAUUUCAGUUGUAUAAAGAAGCGAGUGCUGAGCAUUUGAAUGAUUCCUUCAUACGCUUUUAAACAGUCUCAGUAUUGUAAUGAAAACAGUACACAAUAAUAUAUUGCUUCUGGAUAAAAUCCAGGUCAUUUUUAAACCACCAUUUGCACAUAUUGAAUGGAUAAAAGUCACAGUACCAUUUGUUGGAGAAGGACUACUAGUUUUUUUAUAAUUGUAUUUUAAUUACAAUUUGAAUGUGCCAGUGUCCAAUUUUAAAAGAAAAGGAAGAAAAAUGAGAAAUCAUUAAUAAAAACGCUUCUGGAAACACUUUAUAAAGUCCUGAAUGUGUCUCGUCAUCCUAGCAACCAGCAGGACCCCCCCACACUCCCGUAUCAUCCGAUUGUUGUGUGGCACGGCUUGCUGGAACCCAUCUAUUAUUUAACAAGGGCUCUGGACAUGGAAGCGACUUGCAGUCUGACAGGUUGUGCCUCCAUGUUGCUAUUCAACACAGCACUCCAAAUGCCCUGUGUCAUUUUGGCAAGCAGACCAGCUUGGAUACCUUCAUCAACUGGGUGUUGAGAGUCCCUUUGAAACCUAGCUAAAGAAUGACUCUCAAAACCUUUUUUUUUUUUUUUUUUGAAUGUCUAAACAACAGUGGAUAUAAAUUGUGCCCUUAGUGUUUAAAACAAUGUGCCUUUUGUUAUCAAUGCCAUGUUGUAGGUUUUAUUGGUUUUUUUUUACCAGCAGUUCAUCCCUUUAACCCAUUGAAUCAAUACAAGAGCAGGGAAGGUUCCUACUGCAGAGCAGUUUCACCCAUUCCAGGUUUUACUACGAGCUUGACUAGCCACAGAGUAUAGGUAACACGCUUGGGUGUGUUUGGUUAGAUUCGUAUAAAACCAGGAGUGGCUCAAAUGGCUAUGCAAUAGGAGUCUUUUUUUCCAUCCCUGUUGAGAGAAGCUUUUUUCAUGAGGUGAACUGGGCUGCUCUCCUCCCAAGACUUCUCAUAACCAGCCCAGAAAGCAGAUCUUAAAAGCGAUGUCUGUUUUACUCAAAGAGGUGAAAGGAUUGCCUUGUCAGUGCAGUUUUUGUUUUGGUCUUAACAUCAAACUUUAAAAAAAAAAAUGUUUUGUUUAAAUGGUAAAGGCACGACAGAAUACAAUAUGAAAUAAAAAUACACUACUUUCAACAAAAAAAAAAUAAUAAAUUACCUCAGAAAUCGUUGUGUGAUAAUGUAUUGCAUGGAAACCCAGGGCAUUUGGUAUGAACAGCUCCAUUUAGAAAAGUAUUGUAAACUUUUGUCCCAACUUUUGGUCCAUAUGACAAACUUCAUAAAUGAAACUGUUAUAAAAUAAAAUAGUCAUGUAGCAUAAUUUUAACUGCAGUUCUUUGACGGUGUUGGAUGUAUCCAGCAUAUACCCUUUUGCCUCUGAUCUACAGUCCACGGUUAGUUCUACUGCCCUAUGUUGCACCAUGGUAGCAGCUUCUUCAUGGAAACAGCAAGGUGGUAAAGAUCACAGUUUUGGAGGCUUGUACAUUUUGCUACUUCCUGUCAAAACUUAGUUGUGGUUCCUGGGCUCAGUUGCUGCCUAUGUAAUGUCAACGGCAGUGGCUUCAGUCUUUUUUUUUCUUUUGUAAAUCGAGCACCAGAUUAGACACAUGUUUUUUAUUAUGCUGCAAGGCUGUGUACUGUACAGAUGUGAAAGUUUAUUGUGGAUUGAAUGUGGACGUGUACAUAUGUAUGUAAUAAUCUUUUUUGUGGGAUGCUGCUGUUGCCACUUGACAUUUUAAACAUGUUGUAGUGGAUUUUUAAUCCUAGUGGCCAGUUUUAUGAUACUGUAUGUAUUGUACAGCUGAUGACAGAAGUAUGAACUUUUCUAGUGAUCAUUUGUUAAUUUUACUGUUGUGGCCAGAAAAUUAUUUCAAAUAAAUAAUAUAAACACAAA